AACUACGCCAUUUCAGUCAUUUCACUUUACAUACUCGGGACGAGUACGACGGCGUUCCCUUUUCGUCGGUCGCGAUAACGUAAACAAAAUAUUUUAUUUUAUUAUUUUUAUCCGGCUUCCUGCAAAACGAAACCUCGUACCAUCAUUUAGCAGUGUCUCUGUCAUUUGCACGUAUCUGCACCUCGCACGCCGGCUUAACAUCACACUCGAUCAUCACAUCUAGCAUCGUGCGGCGACGGCGGCGGCUACAACUAUCACCACGACCACGGACUCCGGCACGACGAUAAUCACGACACACACACCGCGCACGCCGAAACAAUGACAGACAGUGACAAAUUGAACAUCGACAACAUAAUCUCAAGACUCUUGGAAGUGCGCGGUGCGAGACCAGGCAAGAACGUUCAGCUGUCCGAAGGUGAAAUUCGGGGCCUCUGCCUUAAGUCCAGGGAGAUCUUUCUUUCGCAACCCAUACUAUUAGAACUUGAGGCACCAUUGAAAAUAUGUGGAGAUAUUCACGGUCAAUACUAUGAUCUACUGCGCUUAUUUGAGUAUGGUAGUUUUCCUCCGGAGUCCAAUUACUUAUUUUUGGGUGAUUAUGUCGACCGUGGCAAACAGUCUCUGGAGACGAUAUGUCUGUUAUUGGCAUAUAAAAUAAAAUACCCCGAAAAUUUCUUCCUUUUACGUGGCAAUCAUGAAUGCGCUAGUAUAAACAGAAUAUAUGGAUUUUAUGAUGAAUGUAAACGGCGGUAUAAUAUAAAACUCUGGAAAAUAUUUACGGACUGUUUUAAUUGUUUGCCUGUGGCUGCAAUUGUUGACGAAAAGAUUUUUUGUUGUCAUGGUGGUCUUAGUCCAGAUUUACAAUCAAUGGAACAAAUUAGGCGAAUUAUGAGGCCAACAGAUGUUCCUGAUCAGGGACUAUUGUGUGACUUGCUUUGGUCUGAUCCUGAUAAAGACACAAUGGGUUGGGGAGAAAAUGACAGAGGUGUUUCAUUCACAUUUGGUGCUGAGGUUGUGACUAAAUUUUUGCAUAAACAUGAUUUCGAUCUCAUAUGUAGGGCUCACCAGGUUGUAGAAGAUGGUUAUGAAUUCUUUGCUAAGCGUCAGUUGGUCACUUUAUUUUCAGCACCAAAUUAUUGUGGAGAGUUUGACAAUGCUGGAGCAAUGAUGUCUGUUGAUGAAACUCUAAUGUGCUCAUUCCAGAUUUUAAAGACUGAUAGAUUCAAAUACUGGAGACGCAUUAAAUUCUAUGAUGCUAAUGCAUCUUUUCCGUUAUCUAAUUACCGGCCGACAAACGAAAAUACAUGUAUGGAGGAUUAUCGUCAGGCAGACCAGUUACACCACCCAGAGGAUCUGGUAAACAAGGAAAAAAUAAAAAAUAACCCAUCUUGAUGCAAUAUAUAUUUCUAUAUCUAGGUAUGCAACAACAAAGUAUAAUUUUAAAAAUUAAAUGUUAUAUAAUAUGAAAACAAAUGAAAUUUUUUUUUAUAUAGAAAAAAAUUAUACCGAGUAACUAGUUUAAAUAAUUAUGUAUUUAUAUCAUUAAGUACUUUUGAACUCCAUAACGUUAACGUAAAAUCUCAAGAUCAUUUUUAUUAACUUCUAAUUUGAAGUAUUUUUAAUAAUUUAAUAUUAUUAUUGAUGUAUUGUAUUUGCACUUAUUUUAUUUUUCAUACUCGGUCUUUUUUCCUUUCUUUUUUUGUUUUUAGUGUAAGUCUUAAAUUAUAUUUUAUUUUUGCUAACUUAGUUUUGUCCAUAUAUUUAAAACUGCAUACGAUUACUACAAAGUAAGGAGUCACAAUUUAUUCAGAAUAGUUGCUCUAAAUAAAUUGUUACAUUAUAAUGAAAUCAACUAUAUUUGUUAUUUUAUCGGAUUUUAGCUCAUAAAUUUUAUUGUAACUAUGAUGUAUUUAUAAAACUAUUGUUUUAUACAAAUUUCAAAAAUCAAAAUCCCAAAGUUAAGUACAACAUUAAAAUUAAUAAUUAUUGUUAUUUAUUGUUUUGUGUAUUUAGAUUACACUUUCGUUGUAAAACUAUUAUAACAUAUUGUACAUUUUUAGUAGAAAUGCGUAAAUCAGAACAUAACAAAUAUGAAAGUGUUGAAUACGAUCCCAAUUGGUAUUAAAACAAAUCACAUGCAAUGUAAAUAUCGAUAUAUUAAAUUAAAAAUUAUACUGUACAUGUAUGUUAUGCAUUAAAUAUGCAGAUACAUUAAAAGUAGUAAAAUGUAAUUUAUUUAAUGAACGUCUUGUAUUACUUUUUUUGGCAAUAAACAAAUACUUUGCCUAUAUAAUA